GGGGAUGUGGUAAAAUUUCUUUUUUACAAAGUCACGUAAUAUCCUUAUUGUCAAAGUGUUUUUUAAAUGAACUGGAACACAAGUUAAUUAAAAGAGAGAAAAUCAAAGAGAAUACGAAAACACCGAUUUCGCUUUUCAAUACGGGGUCACGACAGAAAUCUGGCAAAUACGAGCUGUUCAGUAAUCCCUGAGGAGAGUCGAAAUGACCAGAGAAAACAUACGUCUUUUCAGUAACAGGUACACAUUUCAACAGAAUAUUUACUCGCAAACUUGUUCAUCAACAAACCACUGUCCGACGGAUUAAACUACGGGUAGCAAUUUCACCGGCUUUCUGUGUGGGGGCGGGGAUUACCUUCGAACCCAGCAUCACAAGUAAUUAGACUUUGUUAGAUAACGAUGCUUGUUGAAUUGUUGAAUUCUUAAGUGUAUGCAAACAUGCAGACUUGCAUUCAAAAGUGAUAUAUUUUUAGCGGUCCUUGAUAAUUUUUCGGCAAAAUCCAUUGUCAAUUGUGACGGGUGAGCAAUCAAGACAUUCGACGAUUUAUGAGGGCGAAUUAAGAUUCUUCAGUUAUUACCUCGCACUGUGGACACAAGUGAACAAGGUUGUUAGACAUUCAAGAUGAAGUUGUUCAAAGCUUUUUACAUGGUCGUACUGUUUGGUUUAACAAGUCUCGAUGUUCUAGCUGAAGGCAAUGGGUCGUGGUGGAAUCUUGGCGUUAGUAGCUCCUCGAAACCCCAAGACGAUUACAAUUUCCAGCUUUCUCCUGCCAACGGUGUCAAACCUGUUACACCGAAGCAACAGCGAUUGUUUCGGAAGUACCCAGAGUUGGUUCCAUACAUUGGACUCGGGGCAAAAUUCUCUAUCAGCCAGUGCCAGUAUCAGUUUAAAAACAGACGGUGGAAUUGUUCUGCUCAUAGUCCUGAAAACGUAUUUGGGAAGAUUGUAAAAAUAGCUUGCAGGGAAACUGCUUUCGCUUACUCAAUAACGGCAGCCGGUGUAUCGCACGCCAUAGCUAGAGCUUGUAGCGACGGCAAAGUGACAGCCUGUGGUUGCGACAGUAGAUACAAGGGAGUUACCAAUGAGGGUUGGCAAUGGGGAGGCUGUAGUGACAAUAUUCAUUUUGCUGAUCAGUUCUCCAGAAAGUUCGUCGAUGCUGGAGAGAAGGGAAGAGAUUUUCGCACUUUGGUUAAUUUGCACAACAACGAGGCGGGAAGAACAGCAAUUCGAGAAAACAUGGUUAGAGAAUGCAAAUGUCAUGGAGUGUCUGAGGCCUGCACUGUUCGAACAUGUUGGAGAAGGCUGGCUGACUUCAGACGAAUUGGCGAGGUGCUUAAAGACAAAUUCGACAGCGCUUCAAUGGUAGAAUUUGAACAGAAUAACAAUCGUAAUGGUCAUAAUGUUAAGAAAGGAAAAUCUUUUCGACCGAGAAAUAAACUACAUAAGCCCCCUACAAGAGCAGAUUUGGUUUACUACGAAGACUCGCCCAAUUUUUGUAACCGAAAUCCUGACACUGGAUCCCUCGGAACGGUUGGAAGACUGUGUAAUAACACAUCCCUCGGGACAGAUGGGUGUGACUUAAUGUGCUGCGGAAGAGGUUAUACAUCGAGUGAAAGCGAACUGGAAGAACUCUGCAACUGUCGUUUCUAUUGGUGUUGUAAGGUGAAAUGUCAGAGUUGUCGAUCGAGGCUUACGCUUCAUAGGUGUAAGUAAUGUUAGAAGAGGAAUUAUCACGAUACGGCUAACUUCAUCGCUGCAAAGUCAAACCACAAUCUCCUGAUAGAACUUUCCCAUGUAGACCACGAAGUAUAAUCAAAUGAAGACCAUUGACAAGUAUCUUAUGGGGCUCUUUGUAUUACUAUGUCUAAGAGCUUUCUAACUUUAAGUCUGAGAAAGUGACAUCGAUUUUCCCUGAAUUCGAAGUUUGGUUGUUUCAGUUAAGAGAGGCGGUUUAAUUCUUCUUGUACAGAAAAAGGCGAAGAGUAUUGUAGAAAGAUAAGAUAAUAAAGAUAAAAGUUACAAGACUAACCAGACUUCCUUCACGUUUUGAACAAAUAAUUCCUACUCUAAAUUGUUACUUGUUAUAGACACACUUGAAAGCAAAUGUAUAGUUCCAAGUUAACAUGUCAAAAGAACCAUGUUAGGAUGAUUUUGAUUAGCUUUUGUGUGCACUUUUAAAGUACAUUUCUUGUCAAUCACAUAACGGCUCUGGGCCGUUGUUUAAAACUGUAAAAUCUUAAUAACACGUCGAUUGUUACCAAUAUUGUUCAAUUUCUUGUAGAAGAAUUAGAAAAUAAUCGUUCAGUUUUAUGAACGUAAGAGCGUCAUAGGUAGAGUUAUGCAGAAAAGUAAAGACGAGUAUGUUAAAAAGUUUUGAGAUUAAUCCUUGUGAUCUGUUGCGCUGAUGUCUUGUCUGGUUCAUUAGAGACGCAGUUCAAAUGGAAGAUUCCUAGCCUCUUUAUUCCCUAAGAAUUGAUCUGUACUUAUCUAUUUUUAAGCUGAAAAAUUGUGUCUCGAUCACCUCUUGUAGUUACAUUAUUAUCUGUAUAAUGUGUAAUUUUCAUAUACCUUAGAGAAAUCUUUCCAACCAAAGUUCUCUCUUAGUAGACCGUGUAGUAGCUUUUACAUCCCAGCCAACUACUCUUUAAGAAGCCCCCAAUAAAAGUAUCAUGUUCAAAUAUCAGCUACGAAUUUAAAUCAAUUUAAGAUAGAGUAAGGGAAAAUUUUUAUGUUAGAAACAACUUCUCUUAAAACCCAGAUAGACUGUGUACUUGUUUAUUAAAUGAGGAAUUAUGUCAAAGAUGAUUAGGAUUGAAUAAUCGUUGACAAUUGGUGGAGUACGUUUUGUAGUCUAAGACUUUGUGCAGAAAUCUUGGUUUCUUAG